AUGAAUCAACAGCAAUCAGAAUCAUCAAAAAAGCGAAAAAUCGACGUCGAUGACACGACAAAUCCAGCGAAGAAAUCCAAAAGUGUCGAAGGAUACGUCCAGCACCUAAGAGUUACGAGAGACAUCUUCGCGAAACGACAUGACAAGAUUAUGAAAAUGCAAGUCCAGAUAGAAGAAAUGUCAAGAGAGCUUCAACAAGAACAGAAGACGUUCGCUGUUGAUGUUGCAGAGUCGAAGAAAGAAAGCGCCGAGAAGAUUCCCGACGGAAUAGUCCAGGAUCCUAACCUUUUCGCCUUCAGUUUCAGCUCGAGAUUGCAUCCAAAGAAUCCAAAUAUGGCUUUUAGCAUCAACCGACACAUCCGCAAGAUUGAGGGCGAUCCAAAGAAAGCAUUUCUGGACUUUCUGAAUGGACAAUGGAGAUUCUUCACAUUUGAUUUUCACAUCAAGGGAAUCGGCAAGACAUACAAAGCGCAACUCAAGGAAGCGCUGCCGAUCGAGGACUUUCAGCAAAUCGAGAAGAUUCUUGGAAAGAAACGAGCCUCCACAAUCGCCAACGAAUUUUGCUCUUACCACUUUCGAGAAUUCGAAAAAUAA